CAGCGCUUGCAUCAUCUUGAAACUUGCCCGAAGUUUACACCGGAUUUCCUGUGGCGGGGACAAAACAAGCUCCGAACCCGAUAUUAUCCACGUAUACAUUGCGACGAUCCCGUCUCCUACACUGCACGGGAAUUUUUCCAGUCCUGUCUUUCUCUCCUCUCGAUUUCGACUUGACCGCAAACGAUUUGUGAAGCAGAACGAUACCUUUUCCCCCACCUCUCAGCUUCCGGAACUGCCGGCUAUACCAAGUCAAAGUCCGCAAAGAUGGGUGUCGACAGCUGGAUGUGGGACAUUGACCAGCGUCUGUCCCAUGUGGUCGGACAAUGGAACGGCUACACGACAACAAUCUUUACCCUUCUCCUCGGCAUCUGGACAUGGGCUCUCUUCAACCGCAAGGAGCCGGACACCCACCCGAUGCUGCUGGCCCGACAGGCCCAGUCUUCACCCGUGCGGCAACCCGGCGAGUCGCCAGUCUAUCGCUGUCAUGCGGCACCACACGGCAUGCCGCUCAACAGCGGACUCAACGUCAAGGACAGUGGUGCUUCCAAGUGGGCUAAGGGCCGGGAUGGUGACCUGCGAGACAUUUGGAGGCGUGCUGUAGCUGGCGUUCCCGAGGGCGAAGGUAACACCGGCGGCAAGGGGAAACUGUUGACGGUCCACGGUGAAAAGGUGGAUGAGCAAAGCCUCGACAAUGUCACUCGCCAGAUCAACAUCAUCGGCCAGCACAUCCUUGAUCAGGGCGGCAACCGUGUUGCCAUCUACCUGCCCAACUCUGUUGAGCUUAUGGCUGCUCUUUUCGCCUGUGCCUUUCACAACCUGACGGCCAUCAUCCUGCCAGUUGAACAACCAGACGAUGUCGUGAUUUCGAUGCUCCGCCGUUCGGCUGCAGACACCGUCAUUGCGCUCCCGGGCGCCUUUCCCUUCGAUCUCGCCGUUAAGAGCUACCCCUCGCUCCGCAACGUGAUCUGGGUCGUCGACGAGGGCAACCGCCACCUCGACUGGAAUGAGGUUCCCAAGGGCAUGGGCGGUGCCGUCAAUGUCGCUACGUGGCACGACCUUGUCGCCGAGGCUCCCCAGGAAGCCGGCAAGGAGUUGCCUCCCAUCGAAGGCCAGAAGGAACCUCGAGACGUGACCGUAUUUUGGCAGAACAAUACCGGAGAGCAGGAAGAGAUGGUCCGCUUUACGACUGCGAAUCUCGUCGCCGCUGUCUCGGCUCAGAUGUUUGCCGUUCCGAUGUCCCAGCGCCUCGGCCCCUCGGACCUGUUUCUCCCCGCUGCCCCGCUCUCGGACGUUUAUACUUUGACCCUGACUCUUGCGGCACUAUUUUCCAACAGCUCGGUAGCCUUUAACUCUGCUGCGGGACGGUCACGGGACCUGCAGGCAGCGACACGCGGUAUCUCGCCGACCGUUAUAGUCGCCACCCCCGAGGCGCUGCUCCAGACCCGCGCCCAGUCGGCCGACUCUCUCAAGUCGUUCAUUGCAAGCACGGUGCACGGCAUCCAGACCCGUAGUCUCCAGAAUGGAAUCAUGCCUGCCGCUUCGCUCUUGACUUCGUUCAACGAUAGCCUCCGUCCCGCAAUCGGCCGCACCCCGGGCAAGCUUCGAUUGAUCUUUGUGGCCGAGCGCGUUGGUGCCGGCACGCCGCCUCUGUCAUCAGCUGUACUGUCUGACCUGAGAAUCCUGACUGGCGCGAGAAUUGUCUACGCUCUCACUGCGCCCAAGGUCGCAGGUGCCGUUUCGCAGACGGGCCUUUACGAUUAUAGAAUCAGCCAGAACGAGGGCGAGAAGGGGUGCUCGCACUUUGGGCCGCCCAUGACGAGCACCGAGAUCCUGUUGAAGGAUAAGGGGGUGCACAAGACUACUGACGAAAAGAUCGAGGGCGAGAUUAUUGUUCGUGGGCCCGCCGUCGCCGGUAAUGAGGCCGCUCUGGGUGUUGUCGGCAGGAUCUUGGACGAUAACACGCUCGCGUAUGUCUGAGCCUUUGCGAAAAAGGCUGCGGCGGGAGAUUUCAAAAGACUGCCCCUGGUCAGAGAAACCAUGUAUAAAUUCUCAAACUACUGCAAAUAUUAUUCAAGAAUUUAACGAUGUUUAUUAAGACCCGCCCUCGAGGCGGCUUAUACAUGUGGGAAAUACAUUGACCAAGGAACAUGCACAAACACGGUUGCAUCCACAUGUCGCAACUGUAGAAACCCCUCGAGUA